CGACUGAUAUAGAACAGCUGAGUCGUUUCUCCUCUGGAGGAUAUUGCGACGAUUCGACGAUAGUAUAUUUGCAACAUCCUUGUGUAAUAUUGACUGCUUUAGAGGUGCUCGGUUAUAAAGUCGUCGCGUCUUCCAGCACUAGCGUAAAACAGGAUUAUAAUGAAUAUAUGUGGACCAUGAGAAAAGAAUUUUCAGAGCCAGAACCUGAUCCCGUUAUGAAAGCUGAAGUAAAACGCAACGAGGUAUAACGAUACUUUUAGCGCGGCAAUGGCAAAGACAACGCCCAACCCCAACCCCAACCCCAAACCCAACGUCAAGCCCAAAAAGGUGGAGAUCGUCGUCGACGACGACGACGACGACACUUUCUAUUACGUCGGUGUGAGAGCUUCACCGUACGCGACCGAUUGUGCGGUGUUCGGUCUGAUGUCAAACGAGCAGUCAGCCUUACGUGCCCGCUUUCCGCUGGCCCCCGAAAGCUCGGAUGUCAUAAACGGAAUUUUGUUCAAAGGAUCACCGUUCUCCGUGAUAAACGCUCUGGCCGAGCUCGGCUAUCGGAUUGUUUGUAGUACCGGCGAGAGCGAGGUUCUUUGGACGAUGCAGCGAGAAAAUUAAUGCUAUAAGAAUGGGCCUUACUACAAGUGUACCGCAUAACGCUGGACGCACUUGUGUGUGUGUGUGUACUCACAACGUCACUUGUAUGCGUUUAUUUACAUGUCGAACCGUAGCACUUAGGAGCAACGAAUCAACAUUCACCCGCCAUGUUGCCGCUAAGACUUCGUUUAUUCUCGAUUUUGGAAUGUUGUAGUUCACGUAUCCCCCGAAUUACGUUCACAGCCGAUUUUGCAGCUUGAUGAUGAGGAUACGAAGUGCGUGUACGCGCGGAUUGUCGAACGUCGAUUUGCUUUCUACGAGAUGAUCGAUCGCGCUUACGCGUAUCAGCAAAAUUUCCCGCUGAAGAGGUAGACUUGCACGUUUACGCUUGACUGCGUAAACAAUCGCACGAACGUUCUUUUUCAUCUCGCGAGCGUACGUGCGUAUCUGAUGGAAUUUUCUCUUAUUUCUCAUAAUACGCUAAUAAUAAUCCGAUGAAAUUCUAUUAAAUUGGUGCAAAAAUAAUUGCAGUUUUGCGUGUUGAGUAAAUAAAGACGCAUGUAUCAGUUGAAAAUGAUAUUUAUUGAUUAAAAUGAAGACCACUGGCCUACACACAUUUCUCCCAACGGGAAACAAGUUUGUUUGUUCCUACAAGAUAGAAUUCUGGAAAAGAUAAUGGGAUAACUAGAAAAAUCGGCGCUAAGCUUAAAAUGAUAAAAACCGCAAUUAUUUUUGCAACCUAAUCAACCUAAUCUAAUCAUGAUAAGACUGUCCGGCUGUAAUUUCGGAUAUUGAAUCGCGAGAAUACCUCUGCAGCGAGCAAAAUAAUCGCGUUGCAAACAUUAAUUCGCCUCUUUACGAUGCAGAAAAUUGGCCGCUAGUGGAGCGAAUUCGUGCGUUACCAAUAGCGAUGUAAUAACGGGCGAGCAGUAAUUAUGCAAUAAUUUAUUGAUAUCUUUACUUUGUUGCACGCGAGAUGGGAUUUUGCAAGCUUCUCAUAGGACACGAUCCGAUCGAAAAUUUACGCCGAAAGUGUCCAGCUUCAUUUUUGAUCGAAUUUUGAUUCCAGCUUGUCCAAGGUCAUCCGUAUCGAAUCCAGCUUACAUCAGUAUUAUUCUUUUGCAGCGGACGUUAGUUUUUCGUGCACUCAAGCACUAAUUAUGAUGUAGUGGCCUCACUAUGUCAGUGAGUUGCGAUAGUAUACUGAAGUAGUGAUGUAGUAUGUAGCGUUUAUACAGGCGUUCUAUUACACGGUACCGCUCGCUUCUACGGAUAGUCCAUUGUAUUUAUCAUGUCGUUAUCAUGUGAAAUAUUGUUCCUCCGGAUUGAGGCUCAGAGAGUUUUAAUAUAUUAAACUGUUCUUUGAUAUGGUGUUUUUUGUGAUGUUUACUCGUAUUCCUAUCAAGUAUUAUUAUUGUCGCAAGUAGCAAAGCAUAAUUUGGAGGAGAUAUUACGAUCGAUUUUUCUUAUUACCGGCCAAAUGGCCAAACGGCGAAUUUAUGAUGAAUGAAAUUUCGAGUGAAAUCACGAUUAAGAGAGAUUUGUUAUCUUGUAGUGCAGCGUUCACGCGUCGGUCGGUCUGUAUGAUUGUAAGCGAAGAAGCGAACGUCAAGUCGAGAGGUGUAUUUGACGACGCGACGAGAGAUUACUUGGUUACUGUAGUUUGAGAAAAGUUAUCUACUGAUCAAGUGUGUAACUUUUGCUCGUGUCGGAAAAUUUGCGCGUAUAUGUCUUGGUAUGCGGCGAAUUGUAUAUUUCUAUAAAUUUGUUACUACACGAGAAGCAUGUAUUUUGUAUCUACAAUAGCUGCAAUGUGUAUAGCGUUUAACUGGAUGUUGUAAAGCCGACUACAUCAUUAUUAUCAUCAUGUAGAAACGUAGGAGAGAAAUAAACACUGCGAAGAAAGUGCGCCCCACGUCGUCAAA